AUGAAAAUUGAUACCUUUGGAUUUUACGAAAAGACACAGACGGCAGAAAGAAACUCAGGCUGGGAGACACACAGGGUGCGUUUGAACAGGGUACCAAGUUAUGGGUUUGGCAUAGCCGUGUCUGGGGGCAGGGAUAACCCCCAUUUUGCCAGUGGGGACCCAUCUAUUGCUGUGUCUGAUGUUUUAAGAGGGGGUCCAGCAGAAGAUAAACUACAAGUAAACGACAGGAUCGUAUCAGUAAAUGGCGUCCCGCUUGAAAAUGUCGAAUACGCACGAGCAGUGCAAGUUUUGCGUGAGUCUGGUGCGACGGUGUCUCUGGUGGUUAGAAGACGAGCUCCGGCACCACCACCCACUGCCCCUACUUCUAUCAAAUUAGCACUAUCCAGAAAUGGAAAGAAGGAAGAUUUCGGCAUUGUUCUUGGAUGUAAAAUAUAUAUCAAAGAACUGACAAUGCGCGCUCGAGAACAGCUUAACCAGGCAGGCCAAGGGCUCUGCGAGGGAGACGUGAUCUCAAGGAUAAAUAACACCCCAGUCACCGAUGCCAUGACGCUUAAGGAAGCGAAGAAGUUAAUAGAUGCUUGCAAAGAUCGCUUAAACUUAGUAAUCACGAGAGAGCUUAUUCGAGAGGAGACAGUCAGUAAUGGAAAUUAUCAGAAUAAUUACAGUAGCUUAGAAGCCACACCACAUAACCCAUACCCAAACAACAGUGGCGAAUCGCUCUCGUCUCCUUAUUCAAGCAGUGGUCAAAAUUUGUAUGUAGCAGCUCCAGUACGAGGAUCUGAGAAUAGAAGAGGACCUAUGUCUUUGGACGGCCACGAUCAGCCGCCACGGCCACCACCCCCCAGGAAUGAUGAUUACUACAGUAGCAGAAGACAGCUGUAUGAAGAAGAUGGCAUGACAAAUCAAAGAAAUAAACCACAGACUGAACCGCGGUUGAUAAGUUUUCAAAAGGAAGGAUCGGUAGGAUUGCGGCUGUGUGGAGGUAAUAGAUCUGGGGUAUUUGUAUCAGGAGUUCAACCAGCUAGCCCUGCUGCGUUACAAGGAUUGCAACCAGCUGAUAAGAUACUCAAAGUAAACGAUAUGGAAAUGAAGGGGGUGACUCGUGAAGAAGCGGUGCUCUUUUUAUUGAGUUUGCAAGACCGGAUCGAUCUCAUUGUUCAGCACUCCCCGGAUGAAUAUAACGCAGUUGCUAGUGGACAAAUGCCGGGCGAUUCCUUCCACAUAAAAACACAUUUCCACUACACAGAACCAACAGAUGGUGAAAUGUCGUUCCGUUGUGGGGAUGUUUUUCAUGUUGUUGAUACGCUACAUAACGGUACUGUUGGAGCUUGGCAGGUUUAUAGGAUAGGUCGUAACAAUCAAGAGGUCCAGAAAGGCACGAUACCGAAUAAAGCUCGCGCUGAAGAAUUAGCCACGGCACAGUUUAACGCCACCAAAAAGGAAAUGUCUGGAAAUGAUGGAAAACACAACUUCUUUAGGAGGAGAAGAUCCACCCACCGACGAAGCAAGAGUCUUGGAAAGGAACACUGGGAUGAGGUAGUCCUAUCAGAUAGCAUAAGCAAGUUCCCAGCUUAUGAACGGGUGGUCUUGAAACAGCCUGGCUUCAUCAGGCCAGUUAUCAUUCUUGGUGCAGCCGCGGAUAUAGCGAGAGAACGGUUACUCACUGAAAAUCCGGAUAAAUUUUCCUCGCCAAAAAUGGACAAUACCCUGGAAGACAGCAAAACGAAAUCAUCCGGAAUAAUCCGGUUAUCCAGUAUCCGGUCGAUUAUGGAGCGUGGAAAGCACGCGUUACUGGACAUCACGCCGAACGCUGUAGACCGGCUCAACUAUGCACAGUUCUACCCGAUCGUUAUCUUCCUCAAAGCAGACAAUAAGCAUAUUAUUAAAUCUUUGAGAUCGGGCUUACCAAAAUCGGCGCAUAAAUCUUCAAAAAAGCUUCUAGAGCAGUGCCAACAUAUGGAGCGGGUUUGGGGCCACGUAUUCACUCACACAGUGACACUCAGUGAGGCCAACCUAAACACAUGGUACAAUAAGCUUUGCGACCUCGUGCAGAGGACACAGCAACAACAGCUUUGGGUCUCUGAAACUAAGCACGUUGAAAUGGUGUCGGACAUAUACUUUCCAAUACCUCCCUCCCCCUACCCGGCCUUCUACCCUAUUUCAUAUCCCCUCAAGUAUUACCCACAAUCACCUCAACAAAUCCGUUCACCAAACAUCUUCUCACCAGAAACUAACAAACGUCUUGAAAUGUACGACGCUAACAGAAAUCACGUAGUGCCAUACUACUAUUCGGAAACAUUAACGCCAUGCAUGCCAAAUAACAUGUACAGUGUAACUAACCCGGGGAGAGCUAGACAUACGUUCAGUUACCCUUAUGAUGAGCGGCAGCACCGCCAGAGACGCUUGCUGAACUCAACUCUGAGUCCCGAACUGAACCAGGUGUUUAAGAAGAACAACGCGUCGCAGACCCUCAGGCCCUACAGUGUUUUGGAAACAAAGUUACCCAAUACUAGACCUCAACGGCCAACUUCCGUUCUUCCUGUAUCUGAUCAAUUCCGACCGGCCUCAGCGUUUUUCCAGAAGCCAGAAAAAACGACUGAGAUCCCGGAAUGGAAGGCGCGUUUGCAAAGCGAAAUGUCCAAACCGAUUCUCGAUAAGCCGGUCCGGCGAAUCUGUAGAAUCCCGAAUUGUAAGUGCAACGAGAACCCGUUCGUCGAUAUAAGAGUGAGCGACUCCCGAACUCUUCCCGCGGUAUCGCCGAGGUCUCUGAGUAAAACUAAAAAUCUCUCUCUGCCGACUUUGAAAUUAGAUGAAAUAGAUAAAGCUAAGAUCGAAGUAGAAAGAGACAUCACUAAGCCAAUUUCAGAACAGAACUUAGGGUACGUGUAG